GGGCACACCAGGGAUGAGGUGAGAGAAGUAAGCCCGAAAAAGAAGUAAACCCGAAAACUUGACCAUUAGGCCUACCUGUUAUUUACCUUUUUUUGCGGGAACUGAUUUUUUUGUUAAACRUUUUAUCAGAGUAUUUUGCCGCGAUGUCAUUGAUAUGAUAUUGAAGUAAAUUUGAUUUACAUUUCCCGCGUGGAGGAUAACCUGAAUACCAGUAUACUUUAUUGUACAAUACAUUUGAUUAAUACGUCAGACUUUACAGUGAACCAUUGUGUUUACAUACAUUUUGUGGAAAGCAUCUGCCUGGCAGAGGACAACAUAACAGACGCAAACUGCAGCAAAAUGUUCUCUAAGGAUGGAUGUCUGGCUGUGUGUACAGUGAUAUUAAUGAUUCUAACAUCAAGCGAGGCUAGAGGUCCCCCGUGGGUGAGUCGUCAGGUGGAGGAGCGCCAGACAGCGAGGUUGGGGCAGACGGUGCGGCUGGCGUGCCCCGUAGAGGGUGACCCUCCUCCCCUGAUCCUGUGGGUGAAGGACGGGCGUAACGUACACCCAGGCUGGAGCCGCUACCGGGUGCUGAAACAGAGCCUGAAGAUCAAAGAGGUGGAGCUGGGGGACGCGGGGGUGUAUAUGUGCCGUGUCACAAACGGCUUCGGAAGCAUUGCCCUCAACUACACCCUCAUCGUCAUCGAUGACACUGCAGCGACCCAGACUGACGCUCCACCUGCCGUAUUGGAACCCAACGCUGAGCUCACCCAGCCUGACCCUACAGGAGAGCCCUGGGUGAAGCCUCGGUUCAGCCAGCCCACUAAGAUGCGAAGGCGGGUGCUGUACAAGCCGGUGGGCAGCUCGGUGAGGCUCAAGUGCCAGGCCACGGGCACCCCUCCCCCUGUCUUUACCUGGUGGAAAGACCAGACCCCUCUGCCACCCCCGCGCCAGGGCAAGCGCCCGCGGUGGACCCUCACCCUGAAGAACCUGCAGCCCCAGGACAGUGCCAAGUACACUUGCCACGUCUCUAACCCAGCAGGGCACAUCAAUGCCACCUACAAGCUGGAUGUCAUCGAGCGCUCUCAUUGCAAGCCUGUUCUGACCGGCACCCACCCGGUCAACACCACCGUGGAGUAUGGUGGCACCGCCUCCUUCCAGUGUAAGGUCCACAGUGACGUGAAGCCUGUGGUCCAGUGGCUGAAGAGGGUGGACCCAGGCACACAGGACCGCUAUAACUCCACCCUGGAGGUCGGAGGGCAGCAUUUUGUGGUUCUGCCCACAGGGGAUGUGUGGUCCCGGCCUGACGGCUCCUACCUCAACAAGUUGGCUAUUGUCAAGGCCCGCGAUGAGGAUGCUGGCAUGUACAUCUGCCUGGGAGCCAACACUAUGGGCUACAGCUUUCGCAGUGCUUACCUUACUGUGCUGCCAGACCCUCAGGUGGAGAACACAGUGACGCCUCCCCACCUGAGCUCCGGCCUGCCCUGGCCUCUGAUCAUCGGCAUCCCUGCAGCAGCCCUCCUCAUCGUAGGCACUAUCGUACUCUGGCUGUGCCACAGCCGUCGGCUCCACAACACCCUGGCUCCCCGGCACAUACCUGUAGUCCACAGAGACCACCACAUCUCGGACAAAGAGCCCAGCACCACCACCCCCUGUAGUGCCCUGACUAGCCCUGACUACCCCAGCCAGAGACUGGUGGGCCUGGGAACCCCCGGCCUCAGUGGGCCCCCUAAGAUCUACUCCAAGGUUUACACAGACAUGCACACGCACACACACACACACGCCCAUGUGGAUGGUAAGGUCCAUCAACACCAGCACUUCCACUACCAGUGCUAACCAGCCUCUUCUCAUCCCACCCCAUACCUACGGCCUUGUCUCCUAGCCACUGCUGCUAUUCUGACCCAACAAUGGACUAUGAGCAAGGGACAAUGAGCCGGGUAGAUGGAACCAAGGAAAGGCGUGUAGUUCAUAUGAACUACACCUCCCAUGAUAAGCAGUGUUAACACACCAUAUAGUGGCAGAAGCCCUACCAGGUUGGAUCCUGGGAUAGGCAUGGACAAAUGUUACUAAGCUGCCUGCUAAUACCGCUUCAUUGAGAUGUCUCAGGGCAGGGAAACCCUCCCAUGUUUGCUAUCGAGUAUUUUUUAUUUUUUUUAUCAGACAACUAUAAAUAUCAGACAAAAUAUCAGACAACUAAGAUUAAACGCGAAUUGUAUUUUAAAGGAUGGAAAGGAAUGGACAAAUGAUAAUGUCUAUAUAAACAACCAAAUGCAGAGCACUCAAUUUAAAACAUAAAUAUUUAGAUGUAUGUUUGGAUGCACAUAGCCCUGGAGAAAUCAUUCAUUAGUUAAUGGGAGAAGUAUCAGGGUUAGGUUCAAUUUAGGUAAAGGACAUCCAAUUUACACAAAUUAGCGUUUCUAAUAGAAUUGACCCCAACCCUAUUCAAAAAAAAUAAUUAACACUCAUCUAAAUAUGUACCUGUGUCCAAACUUUCAAAGCAUAAAGUAAUAUGAGGAACUUUUAAGCUGGUCUAAAUUGGAAAAUUCAAGAUUUAUAAGCUUUUAAAAAAUUUGAAAAUGUAACUGUGACAAAUCAAAAUCUAGCCAAAAUGUUUACAAUGUGUUCCGAGCUUUUAUAUUCUCAUAAUAGUAACACAAACUGUGGUGUCCUCUGUUUUGAAAUAAGUGGUAUUAUUUUUAUUUUUUUAAAGAGGUUUGUAAUGUGUGUGUUUCAUGUAGGAAAGUACAACUCAUCAGGGAAAUUAGAUGGAUGGAUGAAUGGAUGAGGUGAAAAAAAGUAUUUUUUUUAUUCAGAUAUUGUAUAAUAUGUAUCCAACUGUGCCUGAAAAAUGCAGUAAUACUAUUAUUUACUCUGUACAGUGUCUGUCAGAUGCCAAGUUCUUUUGCAGCGCUAUAGAUGUGUAUAUUACUUACAAUUCUUGUGAGGUAUAUUGUUGUAUAAGGUAGGACAAGUAUUGUACUGUAUCUUUUGUCUAAUGGUUUUAAAACUCACAAAAAAGCUAUUUAGCUGUGUUUUUAUUUUAUUGUUCUAUAUUUAUUSGUAACCUACAUUACUCUUCUGUAGCUCAGUAGGUAGCGCAUGACGCUUGUAACGCCAGGCUAUUGGGUUUGAUUCUUGGGACUACCCAUAUGUAAAAUGUAUACACGCAUGACUGUAAGUUGCUUUGGAUAAAAGUGUCUCCUAAAUGGCUUAUAUUCUUAUUCCAGAUUGGAUUGACCUAUGGGUCAUUUAGACAAAAAUAUGACAAGUGUUGAUUGUAUUGUUAAGUUGAAUUACAGAUUUUACUGGCCUAGUUGUCUCAUAUUUUAUUAAGAACCUGACCAUAUGCUUUAUAUAUU